GUCUCAGUGUCAUCCCACUGUUGCCAUUGCUGCGGUCGGGUGACGAGGUGGAUGACGUGGUGGACGCUCCGGAGGACGCUCGGCGUACGCGAGACAGGAGCUCCUUCUUACUCACGUCGGACGAGUAUUCACGCAGGGUCCCGGCCUCGGACAGCACGAAGUAGCGCUUAUGCCAGCCUCGAAGCAGCUUGCUGCGGCCCUCUCGCGUCCAUAGCACGCCUUCCAUGGCGACGCGCGCUGGAGUCUGGCGAAGAAGUGUCUGUACGGUCAAGUUGCCGUGUUGUUUGCGAGGUAAGACGCUAGGAGUUUUGUCCAAUGGAUGAAGAGAAGCUAUUUGAGACUGCCAUUGGCAGAAACUUUUAUGGAAUUAUAGCCAAUCAUGGAGUUCUGAUAAUGCGGUGGUGGGCAUUCGCUCACUUUGACUCGUUUGGCGACGUCGCGCAACCAUUAGCUGCUGUCCCUGCGCAUCUACACGUCGCCAGCAUGGAGAACGCCGCCUCUCGCUUCGGCCAGCACCUCGCGCACACCGAGAAAAAGUAUCGUGACCGCGCUUUGAAGAAGUUGACGGUAUACCUAACGAAGAAGAAAGAGUGGACGGAGCUGGAAUGGGACAAGCUCUGGAAGGCGCUGUUCUACUGCAUGUGGAUGAGCGACAAGCGUCCCGUGCAGGAGGAACUAUCCACCAAUCUGGCUGGACUUGUGCACCGCAUCCCGAAUGCCGAGUCAGCGCUGGAAUUCGUGCACUCUUUCUUCCGUACUAUGCAUCGUGAAUGGCACGGCCUGGAUGGUCUCCGGUUGGACAAAUUCUACUCGUUGGUGCGCAAAUUUAUUCGUGAGACGGUUGUCCUACUACGCGAUCAGGACUGGGAGGAAGAUUUGGUCCAGGAAUUUGUGACCAUUUUGUCUACCGAAGUUGUGAGCCAAUUGCCCAAUGGAUUGCGCAUGCACUUGGCAGAUCUGUACUUGACUGAGAUCCACAAUGCAGCGGGUAAGGAGGUGACUACCGAGGCGUUUAUGACCCUGUUGGAGCCAUUUUUCACGUUGCUGAGCUCGGAGUAUGACAAGACGGUGUUCAAGCGUGUACGCGAGUUGGUGUUCGAUGAUAUGCUGGCUAAAUACAAGUUUGGACCGCAGUCUGAGAAAGAGAAGAGCGACGAUGAGGAGGAGACGGAUGACGAGGAAGAAGAAGACAAAGUGUUUGAACAGGUGGAUGUGGCGCAAGUGCAGCAUCGGAUCUUUGCUAUUGCGUCGGCAGAUGACACGGCGGAGCGCAACCGCGCAGCGCUCUACACGCUGUACAAGAAGUUCUUCACUGUCACGCAGGUUGACUCGUUCCAGGCUGCGCAGGAGGAAGCUGCUAAGCCGAAGAAGACUGUGAAGAAGGAAAAGAAGGCGAAGAAGCCGAAAGAGGAGCCAGUUGCGACUGACAAGGAACCGGUGAAAGACGAGGAGAAUGGUGAUAAGAAGAAGUCCAAGAAGUCUAAGAAACGCAAGGCUAAGAAGGAAGCCGAGGUGGAGACUGAGGCGGCGAAGGUUGAGGACACGAAGGAGGUGAAAGCCGAGACCCCUUCACCCAAGAAGGCUAAGAAGCAGAAGGUUGUUGUUGGUGGUACUGCUGGUGUUGUGGUGAUGAGUCGUCCUGCUGCGGCUACUAAGCAGCAGAAGCAGCAGAAGGAGAAGCAACUGGAACUCAAGAAGCAGGACGAGAAGCCUGUCGAGAAGAAGCCUGCUGACAAGAAGGCAGCUGAAAUGUCUCCAGUCAAGGAGCAGCCGAAGCCUAAACAGGAGAAGGCUGAGAAGAAGAGGGAGAGCUAUACCACCGUCAUCAAGAGCGGCAAGAAGUUCAAGCGUUGCGGCUCGUGCGGUGGAUAUGGAAAGGGUCUCGUGCCUAAGGACAAGACCCUGUGUGGCCACUGUGAACGCACCCAGAAGACACAGAAGAAGAAAGCUGCGUCGGCUUCCAAGAAGCGGAAGGCCGAGUCCCAGGCUCAAGCUGUACGGGAGGAGCAGGAGAAUGCGGAGUCGAGUAAGAAGGUGACGUUCGGCAAGAGCAAGGCGCUUCGACAUGAGGUGUCGGUCAAGCGUCUCAAAGCCUCGGCCAAGCGCGACGCCGUGUCGAAAGAUACCGAGGACAUCAAGAGUGUGCUGAAGGUGACGACGCCAUCUCCGGUUGCCACCAAGAAGUCCAAGAAGACGAAGGCCAAGGGACGGAAGACGGCUGCGGACUUUAUGUAAAAAGUCACUUCAUACAGCAUUCCUUGCUGUGCAUCUCAUAGAAAGACAGGGGCAUCACCGCCCUCCCAUACUGGGCAACAUGAAAAUAUUUUGCAUCGUUCAAGCUGCGUCGUGUGGCAAUCUUGGGAAUUGGUUCAAGUCUGUCAGUUGUGUUUGUCGUUAUUCCUGCAAAGCUUCGCCAGGUCGAAUAUCUUCGCUCGAUUUUUCAGCAUCAGCUGGGUCAUCAGCAUCGUAAGAAGCAACAUGCUUGAACUCGAGUUCGAUCGUGGUGUCUUGUUGUGAAACUACAUCGUCGUACAGCGUAGAUUGUCCUGGUUCGUUAUUACUGAGCGUGACGUCCGCAAAGAUCUGGCAAAGAUCGUCAACGGGUAAUCGUGGUGUUGGUGUUUCGUAGACACUAAGAGGUCCCACAAAUGCAGGACCUUUCGUGCGCAUCCUUCCUUCAGAUAUUUGAGGUUGCCACGACACACAGACACUCUUUGGACAACCAAAUUCCACCCACUUCCGACUUGAAGGCACUGCGUACGUGGCAGUGGCAAUGGCAGGAUCUGCUCCAUUGCGAAGUAAUAAUUCCGCUAUGUCCACGUAGCCGAACGCAAAAGCGUAAACGAGAGCUGGGCCUUCGUUUAGGUGAAACUCUACAAUCUCCUCCCCACCGCGCUCGAUCAUUCGUUCCAUUAGCCUCGGCAGUCGUCGAAUACACGCGACUUGGAAAGCUGAUGCGAAUUGGAAUGCAAAGGCACUUGGAGUCGCUCCAUCACGACCAUUUUCCUUGAUUCCCUGCCACUGGUCUACUAAAUAAAUUGCCAUAUCUUCCAGACCUCGCGAGACCGCACACUCAAUCCCAGCCUCCAAGAAAUCCAC